AAAUCUCAAUAAUAUUAAUACUGUGUCAUGAAUUGGUUUAUCACAGUUGUGUUCUUUUUUAAUUGGCUGGGGAAUGCACACUUCUGCGUUGCUGAUUUAUACAACAAUGGUGACGGGUUGGAUAGGUCGUCGCAGUGGAUUUUCAGGGAGGACGUGAUGUUGAAAUUCUAUGACGCAGCACACACAGCAGAUCGCUCCAAGGAGUUAUUACAGAAUCAAUUGCGUCAUUUUUUAGAAAAUCUGCAAAAGAACCUGUCAACUUCACCAGUGUUAAAUGGCUUCAGAAAUGACCCCGCUAUUGUCGUAGAUGGACCGAAAUUGGAUGUAAACUCUUCAACGAAUUAUUUGCAACGCAUUACCAAAUUAAAGGAAUUAUCUAUAUUCUUUCACAUUGCAUCUGACUCAGCUGGAACAUUUGCACGGCAUAGUGAGCAGUUUUUCGACACAGCAAAGAACUUAAGCUAUAUCCUUUUGUUAAAAUUGCGUCAGGUGCCGUCGACACAACCGACGCCAGUGAAAAUUAUGCUUACUAACUAUUUUGAAGAAAUGGAAUAUUUUCACAUAAUAUUUUCGGAAAUAAUGGACGAAGCUCUAGAGUACACUCAAAGUAUACUACAUACAAUCCAAAAAACGUUUAUACACUACGCUGAAAUUCAACGGUCUGUGCUGGACUGGAAACUCAAGAUAGACGUAGUCUGCUGCAAUCGGUAUAUGGAAUUUUCGCAAAAUUACUCUUCACAGAUAUUUAAAUGUGCCGCUGGUAAUGACCUUAAUACUGCAGCUGAUAUAUUUUCAAUUACAAUACUUAACGCCAAAUACAUCAUGAGACAGUUGGAAUUCCGCAUUCAGCAAAUAUUUAAUUGCUUUGUUUUCGGAAAAUAUAAAAUACGAUGUCGUUUUCUCUACAAUGCUGAGAGAGAUUUUCAACAAUUAUUUAUGAAGCUUGAGGAACUGGAAUCUUACUAUGCCAUAAGGAAGAAGAGCGGCCGUACACUAGCUAGGGUUCGAAGAAUGGGACAAUUUCAGGAGACCCCUAGAGCAAUCAAUGUUCAAAACUCAGAAAAACUGUUAAAAUGUAUUCCACCUAACUUUCCGGUUGCCCAGAUGCCGAGCAGUUUAAGAUCAUGUUUUUAUUUCAUAGGUCAUGACUAAGGACCUUUAUCUAAUUGUCCACUUGCAUUUUAUAUAUGUCAAAAAAAUACAUAAUAAAUUCUCCUUGUCCAAAUUGGCUUUCAACCUUAA